UUUUAACGAAAAUUAUCAGGGGAAGCUUUGAAUUCGUAUGAUGUUAGCAGAUUUUACAUGCUUCGAUUGAGAAUUAGAGAAGAAGAAAAGUGGGAAGUGUGUAAUCUACAGUUGAAGUAGUGGGAACUGGAAAGAAAUGACUUUUCAGAGUAAAAGUUUUUGGAUGGCAAAGGGUGCUGCGCAUGUGUCUGACGGAGAUGCAGCAUUUGAUAAUACUUCUAGGAUCGAACCCAAGCGUUCGCAUAAUUGGUUUGUAGAUGCUGAGCCACAGCUGUUCCCCAACAAGAAGCAAGCUAGACAGGCUGAAAACAACAAAUCGAAUUCUGGAAUUUCUAAUUCAAAUGUGCUCCCUUGGGAAAAUGUUUCCAGUUUUCAGUCUGUUCCUAGCCAAUUUAUGGACCGGUUGUUUGGUUCCGAAUCUGAAAGGUCUGUCAAUUUCAGUGACAGGAACAUAUCUCCCAUAGAAGCAGAUGACAUGAGAAGAAAAGGCAUUGAAGAUCAUUUCGGUGAAGAUGCAUCUGUUGGUUUGUCGAUAUCUCCUUCCAUUGAGGAUCCUGAAUCAUGCUUUAAUAAUUGUGAAACUAGAAAAGUUAAGGUCAAUCAAGUUAAGGACUCCGAUAACUGUAUGCAUGAUCCAAAGGAACACAGUUUUAGUAGGGAAAAUAACAGUGACAUGUCUACAAUUGAGUUGUAUAACCCUGAAAAUGAAAGUAGUUUCAUCUCAAUGGGACAUGGUUAUGAUAGGCAGUGUGAUAGUGUUGCAGCAGUGAGUCAUACCUAUAACGGUGAUGAUUUGCGUAUCACUACUGCUACUCCUGACUACGACAAGGAUAAUGGAAUUCCAUUAUCGAUGGCAAACAUUUAUGUUAAAGAGGGUGCCAAUAUUCUUUCUUUUGGUGGCUUUCAUGAAGAGCAUGAGAUUAUCCCAGUGAGCAGGACGCUCGGUCGCUUUGAUACAUCACACUGUCGAUCUUCCAAUCCAACAUUGGAAGACACUUCUAGAAAUCAGCUGGGCAUAUCAAUCUCUGGUUCGGUUGCAAGUGCAGCGCAGACUGCUAAACUAAGACCUGAAUCUGUUUCAAGGACUAAACCAGAGUUCAAACCAUCAAAGAAAGAAGCUCCAAACAGUUUCCCUUCAAAUGUCAGAAGUUUGUUAUCGACUGGUAUGCUUGAUGGUGUAUCUGUGAAGUACGUUUCCUUGUCGCGGGAGGAGCUUCGUGGAGUUAUAAAAGGUUCUGGCUAUCUUUGUGGGUGUCAAUCAUGUAACUUAUCUAAGGUGCUGAAUGCAUACGAGUUUGAGCGCCAUGCUGGUUGCAAAACAAAGCAUCCGAACAAUCACAUUUAUUUUGACAAUGGGAAGACUAUCUAUCAGAUAGUACAAGAAUUGAGGAGCACACCGGAGAGUUUGUUGUUCGAUACAAUUCAAACUGUGUUUGGUGCACCAAUUAAUCAGAAGUCCUUUCGCAUUUGGAAAGAAUCAUUUCAAGCAGUGACUCAUGAGCUUCAGCGCAUUUAUGGGAAAGAAGAACUAAACCUAUAGGAUGAUAUUUUCCAAAUUGUAUGAUAAAGCACAAUCUCCCAGGUGAACUAUGUGCAUAGGAAAAUAAAUUAAAUUAAGACUUUUGUUUAGGUUUU